UAAACCGCUUAUCCAUAAAGGACGCAUUGGGCGGAGCUACAGGUUUGAUUUGUGACUACAAUAAGGACGGCGGCAGCCUGUGGGGACUUUUGCUGUUCUACGUUAAUCUAUCAAUUUCUGCUAUUUGGUCGGGCACCUUGCGCCACCGAAUUGGGGGAGCAAAUUUUCCGUCCUCUGCCCCGUACCGGAAUAAUGUUUAUUAUGAGAGGUUCGCGCGCGAUAGGAUGUGUCUUACGGAUCCAGAGACGAAGUCAUCACACAGUCGGAAUUAUCGGUGCGCCGUUUUGGAAAGGACAGCCGAAGGAUGGUGUGGAGAAGGGACCGGAUCUUAUUCGCUCUGCGGGAUUGGUAGAGAAUCUUAAAGGGCAAGGCUGUUCAGUCAGGGAUUAUGGAAAUCUGAAAUUUGAGAAUGUACCUGACGACGAGCCCUUUGGGAAGGUGCAGAGACCCCGGUCGGUGGGACGCGCAAACAAGCAGCUCGCCGACGCUGUUCAUGCGAUCAAGAACGAUGGCCACACCUGCGUGAUGCUGGGAGGUGACCACAGCCUUGCGAUUGGCUCAAUCUUGGGACACGCAGCCUCACAUAGGGAGCUGUGCGUGGUGUGGGUGGAUGCUCAUUCAGACAUAAACACCCCGCUGACCACUCCAUCAGGCAACAUCCAUGGACAGCCUGUGUCAUUCCUCAUCAGGGAGCUCCACCCCAAGAUCCCAGUGAUGCCAGGAUUCUCUUGGAUAAAGCCUUGCAUAUCGGCUCAAGAUAUUAUUUACAUUGGCUUGAGGGAUGUGGACCCCGAGGAGCACUAUAUCCUGAAAUACCUGGGGAUUAAAUAUUUCUCCAUGACUGAGGUAGACCACCUGGGCAUAGCUAAAGUGAUGGAAGAGACAUGUGACCACAUCUUUUCAAAAGUGAAGAGGCCCAUACACCUCAGCUAUGACAUCGACGCACUGGACCCCUCAGUGUCUCCAGCAACAGGGACCCCUGUGGUGGGAGGACUGACUUACAGGGAGGGAAUCUACAUUACUGAGCAGAUCUGUCAAACAGGGAUGCUGUCAGCUUUGGACCUGGUGGAGGUGAACCCCAAAAUGGGCAGGACGGAUGAGGAAAUCAGCUCCACUGCGAAGGCUGCUGUGGAUGUCAUUCUGGGCUGUUUUGGGAGGCUUCGAGAAGGCUCUCACAACCCAGACUACUGCUUGCCCCAACCUUGAAUUGCAUCUCUUCAUAUCAAAGCUAGUUUUUUCAUAUUUGUUUGUAUUAUGUUUCACACGUUGCUUAUUAAUAAGAGGUAUACAUUUUUUGGAUAUAUUUUAAUAUAAAUGACUGAAAUUAAAA